UGCGAGAGAAAAGUGGGGGACCGACGUGGUAGGUGGGCAUUGGUCAUCCGGACAAUGGGGUGUCCCGGUUAGUCCGGAUAGAAUUUAUUUUCUCCUUAAAGAGAAUUUAUUCUCCUUAAAGAUGUGGUUGCGUUCUAUAAAAUUGGAAUUGGGACCAACCAUUGAUCCAGAUAUUGAGAGAGAGAGAGAGAGAGAGAGAGAGAGGGCUAAAGAGAGAGAGAUGGCGGAUUUGUUCCACAGGCAGGCAAAGAAUUACGCAGAGUCUCGGCCGAGUUACCCAGAAGAGCUGUUUGAAUUCAUUGCCUCAAAGACUCCAAAUCACGACCUUGUUUGGGAUGCCGGCACCGGCAGUGGCCAAGCCGCUAAAUCUCUAGCAAAGUUGUACAAGAAUGUGGUAGGCACAGACACAAGCCAGGAGCAACUUGACUUCGCACCCAAGCUCCCCAACGUGCGAUACCAAUGCACCCCUCCAAGCAUACCUAUGUCCGAGCUCGAAUCCAGUGUGGCACCCUCGGGAACGGUCGAUCUUGUCACCAUAGCCGCAGCCCUCCACUGGUUUGACCUCCCCACCUUCUACCAGCAAGUCAAACAGGUUCUCAAAAAACCCCAUGGCGUCAUCGCUGCCUGGACCUACACCAUCCCUGAGGCCAACAAAAAAUUUCCCUUGGCCAAUGAGAAAUUCGACGCUCUUUUCCGACAGUUUUACGCUGACUCCCAGCCUUACUGGAACCCUGCCCGUAAGUUAACGGACGACAAGUACAGAGGGAUUGAUUUCCCGUUCGAGCCGGUAGGUGAUGGGGCCAACCACACGGGGCCAUUUGAGUUCACGACGGAUUGGGUGAUGGAUUUGGAGAGCUUUCUCACGUUCAUAAGGUCGUGGUCGGCUUAUCAGACGGCAAAGGAGAAAGGAGUUGAGCUAUUGAGAGAUGACGUGGUUGAGAGUUUCAAGAGUGCUUGGAGUGAAGAUGGUGUUGAUCAAAGGGUUGUGAAGACCCCUAUUUAUCUGAGAAUUGGGAAAGUUGGAAACUUGGAGUAAGAGGAGAGUGGAGACUCAUGUGUGCAUUUUGUUUUUCGUUGAAUCUGAACUUUGUUGUCAAAAAGUGCACCAUCAAUUUACAAUGUACUAGAAUAACAUGGUUGCAAUAUCAUCACCUUGUUGUUGAUGCAACUUUAAUCGAAUUCUGCUAGAAGGUUCAAAACUAGCCAAUUGGGAUCAAUAAUAUCAUUAGAAUGUGUCCGAAUCUCUAUGAGACGAUGACAUGUACUGAAAAAACCCCGAAUUCCUCUUCAUUUUUGUGUGUGGAGACGACAACAGCUACAUUCAGGUAAGUCGUCAUUUUACCAACAAAAAGAAAGGAAGCAGUAAUAUGAUGCACCACCAUCACCACGAUUUCUAGUAAUAUCAGUGCACGACAUAAAGCCUAUACUUGGGAAAAUCUUACAUGUCACAAAUACAGGGUUCUCACUCAGUAACGGCGAGAGCUGACUGUAAUACAUCUUCAAGGUACUUCUCAGCAAAUACUUGUGUCGGCUGCUGCUUGAUAUGCGAUUUGGCUAGCGGUUUAUUAUUCUCCAGGAAUAUGCUUGUGUCGAAAGUGUUUGUUUUGUUUUGAGGGUGUUGUGCGGAUUGGCGUACUUUAGUGCUGGCUGUGGUUCAGCGUUUUGUUGUUUCCGUUGUCGGUCUGUUGUAGGUGGACUGGAGUUGCGGGUGGGUAUGGGGUUUUCGUUGUUGUUUCUACGUAGAGCUCUGUUUCAAUUUUUUGGAUGGGAUGAGUGGAGCUUGUGUUUAAUUACUAGUAUUAUUUGUCUCUUAGUAGUGUAAUUUCAAUAACCACUCUGACGUCUGUUCUGCA